GCGCCGCGGGGCGGGCCGUCGGGCAGUACCCGCGUACUGAACUCCUUGGUUGUGUUUUGUUUUCCUUUCCCUGAGGACGAAUAAAAUGAUCCCAAAUCCUGACUGGAGCCGCGCUGCGGGGCGGGCCGGGCGCCGGCUGUGGCGGGCGGGGCGGGGCGGGAACGGCGCGCGCUGGGAGAGCCCCGCUCUCUUCAGGCGGGAGGCGGCACGGAGCGGGGUGGCUCCGCGGGGUCGGGCGCUGCUGCCGCUGUGGCGAGAGGCAGCUGAGCUGAGAACAAGAACAAGGAUGCAACCAAAAAUGGAAAAUCAAAAGGUGCAGAAAACACAAUGUGAUAUGAAAACAGAUUUGAACUUACUGGUUGAAUGCCUUAAAUACCAGAUGGACUGCCCUUCAUCUCAGAAAGAGGCUUUGAUCGCUAUCUAUUCAAUUUGUCAACAAAAUAGUGAAGCAUGUGAAUAUUUACGAGAAAUUGGUGGUUUGGGCUUUAUAAACGAUCUCGCAAAGUCAAGUGUGCAUGGCAUAGUGAAGGAAGCAGCUUUAUUUACCCUAGGAAUCAUCAUAGAGAGUAAUGUUUACUGCCAACAAACUUUGUGUACUUCUGCAUUAUUUGGGGACCUCAUUUUAUUUUUAAAGAAUAAGGAUUCCGGUGUGAACUUGAAAAGAAUGUCUGUUUAUGUUAUCUUAACACUGGUUUCAAAUAAUAAACGUGGGCAAACCUAUGUCAGAGAAACGGGCUGCAUUGGUCUUCUGCUGCAGUUAUUCAGAACAACUCUUUCCACACCUGAGCUGAAUCUGUCAGAUGAAAAUACGAAUCGCUGCUACCAGCUGUGGUCUUCGGUCUGUAGUACUCUCUGUGCCUGUGUCAACAAUCCUCAGAAUGAAGCUAAUCAAAAGAUUUGCAGUUCAGUCUUUCCGUAUGCAAAAGAGUGGCUAGAAAGUUGCAUGGAGCCUGAGAUAGUUCGUCCUAUUUGCUCAUUUGUUGGCCUCACGGUUGCAAAUAACUCCCCUGUACAGAAAUAUUUUGUUUCUGUUGGAGGAUUGGAUACCUUAGCUCAAGUCCUCAUCAAGCUGAUGCGUGAUGAUUCCUGUCUGAGUCAAUCUAGCACAAAACUUGCCAUAGUAGUAACAAAGACUCUGGAUGCCUGCAUUGCUAAUGACUCUGCCAUGACUGUUGUUUUGGCGAAGUAUCACACUGUGUCAGAACUGCUGAACCUACUGUCUAAUGGCACUCUGGAUACAGGAGAAAAAAUGAGCAUUAUUCUAACAAUUGGACACUGUACUGAAGUCUGUGAAGAAAACCAGUGUGAACUGCUCAAGAACAAUGGUCUUCCACUUAUGAUUCAGGUACUAACUGAGUCUCAAGAUGAGGAACUACACAAAGCUGCUACUUUUGUGCUGCAGAACUGCAAACAAAUGACUGAACAAUUGUCCUUGAAAAUUAAUGAGAAAUCCCUAAGUGUGAAGAAUGCAGAAGAGCUGGAGGUGGACAUGCAAAUCAGAGAAAGAAGUCAACAAAACUACUGGAAGAAAGCAGAAGACAUCCUGCACAGAAUAAACUUGAUUGAAAAAGAACAUGAUGAGAUUAGUGUGUUUAUGAAGGAAAGAGUGCAAGGAAGACUGUUUGACAGGACUUCAGAAGACUGUAUUGAAGCAUCAAAAUCCCAUGAAGUGAAUACCAGUGCUACAAGAGCACAUAUAGAAAGAACACACAAAGAAUUAUGUGGUCUGCAGUUAACCUCUAAGUUGGAUGAUCGAGUUCUUGCUCUAGCUGUAAACACUUCUGCACUGACUGUGAAUCCAGUAAAUGCUUCUGCUAGAAAAAGUAAACAGGGUGAUAUUCUACGUUCAGUUUAUGAGGUGCAGACAGACACUGCAAUUCAAAGUCAUAGUGUAAAUGAAAAAGCAGCUUGUGAAAAAAGUCAGUCUGUUCUUCAAGUAAGGAAAGGCGUACUGCAACAACCAGUGAAGACUAUUAAACAUGUGAAACAGGCAAGCAUGUCAGGCCAACAUUCAUUCUACUCAGAGAUAACUAAGGAGGAAAAAAGUAAUUUGAUUACAACUGCAUCUCUUAAAAUGACAGAUUUUACGUGUUUAGGUUGUACAACAACAGGACUGUCUUUCAAUAGCAGAACUUUCAGCAAGAUGUUACAAACUUGUCCAUAUCUGUGUGGCCGUCACAAAGUCAUUCUGGAAGCUGAAGAAAGAUAUAGAAAGAAACUUGAGAAAUCAUCUGUUUCCAACAAAAGACAUGCAGCUUAUGAGAAAAUACUGCUGACUCCAGUGAAGAAAGGAAAGCUGCAUGUAGAGACAUCUUUGAAGAGCAAACAGGAUAAUUUCCAAAGUAUUCUUUUGACUCCAAUUAGAAAAAGCAAAACCAAUACUUCGAAUAGGUACGAACAUAAUAAUAAUACUGCAGAAUACAACUUGCUACCAACAUAUAAAAAAUAAACAAGAAAAACAAGCAUCAUCAUCAGAGUCUUUCAAGAGAAUUUUGGAUUUUGAUGCAGAAAGCUGAAGAACAGCAUUAUUAACAGUGAGGUACGGUCACAACAAUUCCAACUUCCAGAGAAUUUAGAGGAGUUUGGACUCAUGUUUUGUACUGCUAACGUUCGUAACAAAUUGUUAUGCUUUGUAGAUUUCAGUUAAGUUGUAAGUUUUUAUAAAUAAUGCCAAUAAAGCCUUUACUAGUAAAAGUUG